UAACUAUGAAGGUAUUUUGUUCUUUCAGAGCAAUCGUGGAAAUUAAGAUGAUGGCAGGAAAUGGGCAACUUUCAGUUCCCCCUGGUUUCCGAUUUCACCCAACAGAUGAGGAGCUUCUCUACUAUUACCUGAGGAAGAAGGUCUCAUAUGAAGCUAUCGACCUUGAUGUUAUCAGGGAGGUGGAUCUCAACAAACUUGAGCCUUGGGACCUCAAAGAUAAAUGCAGAAUCGGAUCCGGUCCUCAAAACGAGUGGUAUUUCUUCAGCCAUAAGGACAAGAAAUAUCCAACAGGAACUCGAACAAAUCGGGCAACCACAGCUGGUUUUUGGAAGGCUACGGGGAGGGACAAGGCUAUCCACCUCAGCAACUCCAAGAAAAUUGGGAUGAGGAAAACCCUAGUUUUCUACACGGGACGUGCUCCUCAUGGCCAGAAAACUGAUUGGAUCAUGCAUGAGUAUCGCUUAGACGACGAUGACUCUGAUGUUCAGGAAGAUGGGUGGGUUGUCUGCAGGGUUUUCAAGAAGAAGAAUCAUAACAGAGGUAAUUUUCAGGGAGAUUUCAGUCAAGAAGAAAACUUCAGUCACAUCAAGAGUGUUGCUUCUUCAGCUCAAAUGGAGCCAAGGCAUAAUCAUUUUCAGGCACUGUAUGAUUUUUCCUUUGAUGGCUCCAUGCACCUCCCGCAAUUAUUUAGCCCAGAAACAUCAGCUGUAGCUUCUUCCUUUAUAUCACCUCUCUCUUUGAACUCCUUGGAUAUUGAAUGCUCUCAAAACUUAUUGAGGCUAACGUCAAGCGGGGGCGGCUGUGGACUGAUGCCACAAGAUCAGAUCAGGUACAAUGGUGAAUGGUCAUUCUUGGACAAGCUCCUAACAACUCAGCCUCAGAGCGUGGAUCAUCAUCAGCAGUCCCAAACCAAAUGUAGCCCUUCAUCGCAACUUGAUGUGGGCACUUCAACUCAAAAAUUCCCAUUUCAAUACCUCGGCUGUGAGGCCGACUUUCUGAAAUUUUCAAAGUAGCUAGACCUAAUUUCAGGCGCAUAUAAUGUUUCUUUUAUCAUCCUAAGCGAAGGCAAAGACAUUUUUUUUUACCCUAGAAUCGUAUUUACUAGUUGAAGUUCUAUCUUUACUCAUCUUUGACUUUGAGCUUUUCUGCCCAGUUCCUAGUGAAAAAGAGAAACCAUUUAUAUAUGAGCACGUUCAAGCCUAGGAAAAAUCGGUGGAUCGCCCGGUCGACGGUCCAUGAUAAUCUCUCACAACUGCAGAAGAGAGAA